AUGGGACUUGCCACGAUUGUGCGCGCCGUGGCGGCGUCAUUUCAUUCUGAAGUUAUCCCUGCCUCAUUACAGUUGAUGUUUACUUGCGCGUCCCAGACAAACAGAUACUCAUGGCUCAUAGAUCAAUAUCCAGCAGGCAAUGGCUCUGAGCUAUCCUUCUACUCCUACGCGUGUGAUGCAUGUGUUCCUUCAAUUCAAACCUCACUGAACUGCUUCCUCAACUACUCAAUAGAAGAACCUCUGAUACAGGCUGUAUCUCAAUAUAGCCGCUACUGUAAAGCCUUCACUGGCUCACAGAUAUCAGAAGAAGAAUACUAUUCCAUUUGGCAAAAUGCUACUGGUAUUUUACGCGAUGUGAGAGAAAUUCCUGCGAAUGUAACUUUGACUGUGCCGGUUAUUCUUUCAGAUAAAGAUGUUCGUUCGACUUAUGAGCAAUUUCGAUAUGUGUAUUAUAAUUUCGUCGCCGCAUUUAAUUUUAGCGUUUUAAUUAAUGUGCUGGUGGCUCUCUUUAUUUUAUUCAUGUUCACGAUGCGCUUCUUCAACAUUAACAACAAAAUGACGAGAUAUAUUCGCUCAAAACUAAUAGUGCCUCCUGUUUUUGGCGUUUCUCAUCAUUCAGAAAGUAAUGUUUUACCAAAGUAUAGAGUCAUCUUACCGACCAGGGGUGAAACCCUGACACUCACGGUGUUCAUUAUAGUGAACAUUAUCCUUGCGGCUUAUAACUAUCCACUGCUGAAUAUAAGGGAAGAUAGCAAAUACACCUUUUUGUUAAGAUGUGUUGCUAAUAGAACUGGCGGUUUGUCGUUCGGCCUUAUACCGCUGAUGAUCAUCCUAGCCGGACGUAAUAGUAUUAUCCAACAAUUAACUGGAAUGCCUUACUCUAGCAUGAUCUUUUAUCAUAAGUGGGUUGCAAGAGCUAUGACGCUAUAUGGUUUUAUCCAUGGUACAUUGUGGAUAAUCUAUGCUCUUUCAGAUGGUCUAGCGGCCGUAUUUUUUUACUAUUUGAUAGAUUACGGGUAUUGGAGAUGGGGCAUGAUUAUUAUGCUCGCUUCAGUAUUUUUAGUUGUCCAUUCCUUAUAUGCUUUGAAAUCAUUCAUGUAUGAGACAUUCCUAGUUACCCACAUUGUAUUGGCUAUUAUUUUCCUGAUUGGGUGCUUGAAACAUUGCGCAGAUUUUGGAUGGCUAGGGUGGAUCUAUUUAGCAGGUAUAUGCUGGAUUGGUGAAAGAAUUAUGAGACUGUGGAGAGUAUAUUUCCUGUUUGGUGGCUAUAGAAACGCGUAUGCUAGAAUUAUUUCACUAGAUGAUGAAAUAUUCAAGAUCACUAUACCUGACAUUAAUUUCGAGAAAUUCAAGUUCUUUCCAGGAUGCUAUGGAUAUCUUUACGUGCAUCACAGAAAAUGGUUUUGGCAAUCGCAUCCAUUUACAUUAAUGAAAGCGACUAAUAACCUAGAGAUUACAAUUAAAGCCAAGCAAGGAUUCACAAAGGAGUUAUUCGAUUUACUACCUACCGAAGAAACCACGAUUCCCAUUCGAGUUGCCUUAGAAGGACCUUAUGGUCACCAAGCACCUAUUGAAUCGUACUCAGAACUUCUGAUCGUUUCUAGUGGAACUGGCAUCCCUGGUCCUAUUUCUUAUUUAGCAAAGGCGAUUGAGAAACCUAGCAGUAUGAAAUUUGUACAUUUUUUCUGGAUUGUUCCACAUGAAAGCUAUCUUGCAAUGGUGCAUGAUAAAUUGAACGAAUUGUUCUGCACAUCACUUGAUAAUCGCAAAACAGGUUUUUCUGUUCAUUUUUAUGUAACGAGACCCCGCUACCCUCAUCCAAUUCAACCUUUACCCUCUAAGAUAUCACUGCAUUAUGAAAAACCUAAUGUUAAAAUGAUCAUCAAUCAGUGCAUUGAAAAAACCCACGGCUCAAUGGCAGUUAUAUCAUGCGCAAACCCUCGACUAGAUGAUUUUGUAAGAUGCACUGUAGCGGAAGCUAUACCUAGCACGAAUCAUCGCGUGGAUUAUUAUGAUGAGCUUCAAGUCUGGUGA